AUGAGUUUAAAAGGGAAAAAAGUACUCCUCUUAAUUGACAAUUGUACUGCUCAUAAAACAAAAAAGAAAUUCAAUUCUAUUAAAGUAGAAUUUCUUCCACCAAAUACGACUUCACAACUUCAGCCAAUGGACCAAGGUAUAAUACAGAACUUUAAAAUAUUGUAUCGUAAAGAAGUUAUUCGCACAAUGGUUAAUGAUAUCGAUGAAGGUAGAUCUUUUUCGAUAAACUUGUUACAAACUAUGCGAAUGUGUUAUAAAGCAUGGGAAAAUGUCGAGAAAAAUACAAUUGUUAAUUGUUUUAUUAAAUCUGGAAUUUCAACUAAGGAAAAAGAAAUCAAAUAUACUCAUUUAGAAAGCGACGAUGGAGGUUCCGAUUGGAGACUUAUAGUAGAUCACUAUAAAUUAGAACCAGAAAUUACAUUUCAUACAUUUACUGAAAUAGACACUAAUAUACAUACAACUGGAGUAUUAAGUGUGUAA